AUGUCAGAGGGUGUGCUUGCGAUGGCAAAGCUUGAUACUUUAGCUCAGAGAAGAGCAGGUGCUCAGAGCGUCAAAGAGUUACUUCAAGAUGCGCGCCAGUUUAUCAUGUACCAUGUCCCGGCAAUUCAGAACAGCCCUCUCCAAGUAUAUGCAUCUGCACUCCUGUUUAGUCCAGACCGCAGUCUUGUAAAGAGUUGUUUUAGAGAAGAAACUCCAAAAGGAAUCUCGAGAAGGACAGCUAUGGGGGGUCAGUGGAGUGCCUGCCUACAGACGCUUAAAGGCCAUAGCGGUUCAGUCAACUCAGUAGCCUUCUCGCACGACUCGGCCCGGCUGGCGUCGGCAUCGGACGACGAGACGAUCAAGAUAUGGGAUGCGACCCGCGGCGAUUGCCUCCGGACACUUAAAGGCCAUAGCGAUUCAGUCCUGUCAGUAGCCUUCUCGCACGACUCGGCCUGGCUGGCGUCGGCAUCGGCCGACCACACGGUCAAGAUAUGGAAUGCGAGCAGCGACGACUAUCUCCUGACGCUCGAUGAACAUAACGGUUCAGUCAACUCAGUAGUCUUCUCGCACGACUCGAAGUGGCUGGCGUCGGCGUCAUCCGACCAAACGGUCAAGAUAUGGGAUGCGAGUAACGGCGAGUGCCUCCGGACGCUUGAGGGCCAUAGUGGUAUGGUCAGGUCAGUAGCCUUCUCGCACGACUCGGUCCGGCUAAUGUCAACGUCGACGUCGCCCGACAGGAGGAUCAAGGCAUGGGGUGCGAGUAAUGGCGGGUGCCUCCAAACGCUCAAGGCCAAUAGCGGUUCGGCCUCAGUAGCCUUCUCGCACGACUCGAAAUGGCUGGCGUCGGCGUCGUCCUUCGAUAAGACGGUUAAGAUAUGGGAUGCGAGCAGCGGCGAAUGCCUCCAGAUGCUCAAGGGUCAUAACGGUGAGGUCAGGUCAGUAGCCUUCUCGCACGACUCGGCCCGGCUGGCGUCGGCAUCGGACGACGAGACGGUCAAGAUAUGGGAUGCGAGUAACGGCGAGUGCCGCCGGACGCUUAGGGGCCACAGCCUUUGGGUGCAGUCAGUAGCCUUCUCGCACGACUCGGCCUGGCUGGCGUCGGCAUCGGCCGACCGCACGGUCAAGAUAUGGAAUGCGAGCAGCGACGACUACCUCCUGACGCUCGAUGGACAUAGCGGUUCAGUCAACUCAGUAGUCUUCUCGCACGACUCGAAGUGGCUGGCGUCGGCGUCAUCCGACCAAACGGUCAAGAUAUGGGAUGCGAGUAACGGCGAGUGCCUCCGGACGCUUAAGGAUCAUAGUGAUCCAGUCAGAUCAGUAGCCUUCUCGCACAACUCGAAGUGGCUGGCGUCGGCGUCAUCCGACCACACGGUCAAGAUAUGGGAUGCGAGUAACGGCGAGUGCCGCCGGACGCUUAGGGGCCACAGCCUUUGGGUGCAGUCAGUAGCCUUCUCGCACGACUCGGCCUGGCUGGCGUCGGCAUCGGCCGACCGCACGGUCAAGAUAUGGAAUGCGAGCAGCGACGACUACCUCCUGACGCUCGAUGGACAUAGCGGUUCAGUCAACUCAGUAGUCUUCUCGCACGACUCGAAGUGGCUGGCGUCGGCGUCAUCCGACCACACGGUCAAGAUAUGGGAUGCGAGUAACGGCGAGUGCCGCCGGACGCUUGAGGGCCAUAGUGGUAUGGUCAGUUCAGUAGCCUUCUCGCACGACUCGGCCCGGCUGGCGUCGGCAUCGGACGACAAGACGAUCAAGAUAUGGGAUGCGACCCGCGGCGAUUGCCUCCAGACACUUUCUAUUGCUCAUGUCUUCACACCGAUAUUGGCAUUAUUGAAAUUCGUACCCUAUCCAAUUCAGGACCUCAGAAUUAUCAACGUAAAGGCCCAGCCUUAA